GUGCACAGGUUUUCUGGCCCCUCAGUGAUGUGGGUGGUGCGUUUCUUUCGCCGUAAUUCAGAGGCUGCGAUUGAAAACAGUUAGGUUGUUCUUCAGUUUAACCGGUAAAAACGGGAACUCACGCAUGGAUCUCGGUAAAUAUUAAGACAGAGCGAGGAUUUCACUUCAAAGUCAUGUCGUAAGUCAGGAUGCUGUUCAUUUGACGGACACAGGUUGCGCCGAUUCAGCACUUCUCUCAGUGUCUCUUAGCGGCUGAAAUCAUGUUCCCCCACACUUUGGUUCUGUGUGUGAUAUUAUUGGCCUCCACGCACAUCGCAUCAUGUCUGGAGCUGCAACUUGGCAUGCCAAAUGUUUGUGUGGAAAAGGAGAUGUCCAUGGUGGGGACCCAUCAGCCUUGUGUCCAAGCUUUUACCCGCAUGGUUAAAGUGUGGAAACAGGGCUGCAGCAGCCACAGAUGGUGUGUGGGCUACGAGAGGAGGACUGCAUACUACACAACAUACCGGCAGGUGUACAGUAUGGAUAUAAACACGGUCUAUAGGUGCUGCCCGGGCUGGACCCAGAGGAGUGAGGAGAGGGGCUGUCUCCAUAGGGUGUGUGGUGCCGGUACGUGCUUUAAUGGAGGCUGGUGUGCGGAGAGCGGAGACCAAACGUGUCAGUGUCCUCUGGGUUUCAAAGGAAGGCUGUGCCAAUAUGAUGUUAAUGAAUGUGAAGUGGAUGAAGGUGGCUGCGAGGGGCACUGCUGCAACACCAUUGGCAGCUACUACUGCAAGUGUCCUGAAGGCAGAAGACUGGGGACAGAUGGCAGAGCAUGCGACGAUGUAAACGAGUGUGAGGAGCUUAAUGGAGGAUGCCAGCAAACGUGUGUGAACACUCCAGGCUCUUAUUACUGUGAGUGCAGUGAAGGCUUCCGCAUGCACACUGAUGGUCGGACCUGCAUUGCUGUGAACUCCUGCUCUGUGCUGAACGGUGGCUGUGAGCACAAGUGCGUGGACAUGGGCAGCGGCCACUACAAAUGUGAGUGUCGCCAGGGUCACCAGCUGAAGCGCGACGGCCGACACUGUGAACUGCGGGACCCCUGCGACGCGGCCAACGGCGGCUGCGCCCAGCUGUGCCUCUCGGUGGCCGGACGAGUGCGGUGCAGCUGCCAGCCCGGGUUCACGCUGGCUGGAGACGCCAAAAGCUGUGAAGAUAUUGAUGAGUGCGGCGCGGGUCAAGCCAAGUGCUCCCACGGCUGCGUCAACACGCUGGGCUCCUUCCGCUGCGUGUGUCACCCCGGCUUCGAACUGGGCGCCGAUGGGAAACAGUGCUACCGCAUUGAGAUGGAGAUCGUCAACAGCUGCGAAACGGGCAACGGCGGGUGCGCGCAUCGCUGCGACCACACCACCAGCGGUCCCCUGUGCUCCUGCCGGCGCGGCUACCAGCUGGGCCCGGACAGGAAGGCCUGCGUGGAUCGCGACGAGUGCCUCGGUGGGGAGUCCUGCUGCAGCCACGCCUGCAGAAACUACCCGGGCGGCUACGAGUGCAGCUGCAGCGCCGGCCACAGGCUGAACGCGGACGGCUGCGGCUGCGACGACGUGGACGAGUGUCUGGCAGAGACCGCCGGCUGCGAACACUUCUGCGUCAACGCUUUGGGAACGUACGAGUGCUUCUGCCGCCGGGGCUUCCGCUUGGAUCAGGAUCAGCACUCCUGCGUUUCUCUUUACAGCAGGGACGAGGAGGAGGACGAUGAGGAGGAGCAGCUGGAGGCCUCACCAGGAGGACUGCCUGACCUGCUGUUCCGCAGCGCUCCUCAACUGCUUCAGUACACGGCAGCCUUACGCUCCGGGCACAGCAGUGAUGAUGAUGAUGAUGAUGAUGGUAGCGAAGAACUGGAGAACCAGAGGGAGCGUCGUGGAGAGCUCAGACUGGACAGCCACAUAGUGUGUCUGGAUGACUCGUUCGGGGAGGACUGCAGCGUGAGCUGUGACGACUGUGUGAAUGGAGCAUGCAGCGUUAGCAGAGACAGAUGUGAGUGUGUUCCAGGAUGGACGGGGACUCUCUGCAACGAGACUUGUCCACAGGGAACCUACGGGCAGGCCUGCAACAGCCUGUGUCGGUGUCGUAAUGGAGGCUCGUGUGACCCUGCGACUGGGAAGUGUCUGUGCCCCCCAGGGGUGCUGGGCCCGCUGUGUGAAAACGGUUGUCCGAGGGGCUACUUCGGAAGCCGCUGCAGACGAAAGUGCAACUGUCCCAACGACGGCCACUGCCACCGUCUGUACGGCGGCUGCCUGUGCUCCCCGGGAUUAUACGGCCGCUUCUGCCACCUGCCCUGUCCCAGGUGGACGCACGGCGCAGGCUGUUCCAGGGAAUGUGACUGUGUUCGGGAACAUUCCUCUGGCUGCGACCCCAAAACAGGAAGCUGUUCCUGCAAAGCUGCAUACCACGGGCCUCGGUGUGAGGAAGAAUGCGAGCCAGGCCUCUUCGGUUCAGGCUGCGAGCGGCCGUGCGACUGUCCAGGUGGAGGGUCAUGUGACCCCAGGACUGGAGAAUGCAGCCUGCGGUGUCCUGCAGGCCUUCACGGAGACAAAUGUCAGCAGGCCUGCCAGCCUGGGAGCUAUGGAGAAAACUGUGGUCUGAGCUGUGAGUGUGGAGAAUGGCCCUGUGAUUCUGUAACUGGACAGUGCAUCUGUCCUGCUGGGAAGACGGGACCGGACUGUCAGGAAGACUGCCCUGAUGGAUUGUGGGGGUUGAAGUGCCAGUCCGUGUGUGCAAACUGUGAGAACGGAGGAUCUUGCAACAGGCAGCACGGAGGCUGCGACUGCGCGCCGGGCUUCACAGGAAGCGUCUGCCAAAGCACUUGUGAGUCAGAGUUCUGGGGCAGCGGCUGCCUCCUGAAAUGCCAGUGCCAUGAGAGAUCUCUGGGCUGCGACUCGGUCACUGGCCAGUGUGUGUGUGAGGCCGGCUUCACCGGAGACCGCUGUGAAGCCAAAUGUACAAACGGCACAUACGGGCAGGACUGUGUUCACCGGUGCCAGUGUCAGAAUGGAGCCCUCUGCGACCACGUGAGUGGAGCCUGCACAUGCGCCCCUGGCUUCACCGGCACGUUCUGUGAAAAGACGUGCCCGGACGCCUUUUACGGUCCUGACUGUGGCCAGAUGUGUGAGUGCAGAAACGGUGCCCGCUGCCACCACAUCACAGGAGCCUGCCUGUGCACCGCCGGCUGGGCAGGACCACACUGCAUUCUGGAGUGCCCGAACGGUCGUUUCGGCGAGAGGUGCAAUCGGACCUGCGAGUGUCAUAACGGUGCCGGGUGCGACCACGUCACCGGGCGGUGCGUCUGCGCAGCCGGGUGGACCGGGACCGGCUGCGACCUGCCUUGUCCUACAGGUCAGUUUGGGGAACGCUGCUCUGGCCGUUGUCUCUGUCAGAACGGGGGCUCUUGUGACAGCAGGACCGGCCGGUGCUCCUGUCCGCCUGGCUGGACCGGCGCCAUCUGCGAGUCAGAGUGUGAGGAAGGACGCUAUGGGGAGAACUGCUCUCAGACUUGCAGCUGUGUGAAUGGAGGGAGAUGUGACAAGGUGACAGGAGGAUGUGGGUGCCGGCCGGGUCGGACUGGACCGCUCUGUGAGUCAGCCUGUCCUGAGGGCUCCUUCGGCGAGGGCUGUGAGCAGAGGUGCGACUGCGUGCGUAGUUCGCGGUGCCACCGCGUGACGGGUCGCUGUGAGUGCGAACCGGGCUGGAGAGGAGCGAGGUGUGACAAACCGUGCCCCCCGGGCUCCUAUGGCGCUUCCUGUGCCCUGCGGUGCCAGUGCCAGACUGGGGCGUCCUGCCACCACCAGACUGGGAGCUGUGGUUGCCCCGCUGGGACCACCGGACCGGGCUGUGAGAGACGGUGUCGAACCGGCACCUUUGGGCCCAACUGCAAGUCCAGGUGCAGGUGCAUGAACGGCGCGCGCUGUGACUUCAGGACGGGGUCGUGCUACUGCGCUCCCGGCUUCGUGGGCGCUGACUGCAGCUUGGCCUGUCCCAGCGGCUACUUUGGCGAGGACUGUACCGAGCUGUGCUCCUGUGGGGAGGGGGGGCGGUGCCACCCAGCGACCGGAGCCUGUGUCUGUGGCCCUGGUUGGACGGGACCGUCCUGCCAACAAGCCUGUCCUCGGGGCCGCUACGGCCCGCAGUGCAGAAACACGUGCAGCUGUCAGAACGGGGCUCUGUGCGACCCAGUCCAUGGGUCCUGCACGUGUGGACUGGGCUGGACCGGAUCCCAGUGCGCUACAGCCUGCUCGCAGGGAAAGUUCGGGCCCGGUUGUGCACAGGACUGUCCGUGCCACAACAACGGGACGUGUGACCGCUUCACAGGCGGCUGCAGCUGCGCCGCCGGAUUCUACGGUCCCGUGUGUCAACACAAAUGCCCCUCUGGGUUCUUUGGCCUGAACUGUGGCCACAGCUGUGACUGCAGAGGCGCUCAGACGUGCGACCAUGUGACCGGCCGCUGUGUGUGUCCACCAGGCUACGAAGGCGCUCGGUGCCACACACGGUGUGAGGCUGGCAGCUUCGGCCCGAGCUGUGGAGGGUCGUGCGACUGCGCUGGUGAGGCCCCGUGCGACCCGGCGACUGGACGCUGCCUCUGUCCACCAGGGAGGACGGGACGGAGAUGUGAAAAAGACUGUGGUGAAAACCGCUUCGGCCCCGACUGCUCGCUGCUGUGCCAGUGCUCCCAUGGGGGCCGCUGUGAUGGGCUGACUGGGCGAUGUCUGUGCCCAUUCAACUGGCUGGGCCCCACCUGUAGUGACGCGCCGCUCCACCAAACGCCGGGUGUGUUGAACUUCGCCGCGUCCCCAAGAAAGAGAAGCGCUGGCAGCAAAACCGCAGGACCAGAGCCGAGCACCGAAGCCCGGCUGCUCCAACGCGCGGCCUUGGCAGCUCCGUGAGCUCAUCUUGGUGAAGGUGAUGCUGGGGUAAUAGCAUGUUUCGUGAAGCUGGGGCCGCACUCCAUCACUGAGCCUGGAGCUCAGAUAAUCACAGAGUGGACCUGGAGCCCGAAGGGAAGUCUGAACCUACCCGGGCUUCUUUCUCUGGAUGCGUUACCAAAUCUGAGACCGUCCUGUCACUUUAGAGCCUUUCCAGCCACAUCCAACUGUUCUUUUCCGCUCGCGUGCCCGCAAAAAGCGCGACGGCCGGUUUAACGGGAUGCCGAGCAUUUUUCGGGUGGAAAUUAAAUGUCCUUAAAACAGAUUUAGAAAUGUAUGGGUGAGUUAUAGGCUUAUUCUGAAAAAUAAAACACCAGGGCACCGUAGACACGCUCAAAACGGCAAUGUCUUGUAAUAAAGACGAGCUCCAGAUCUAUUUUGAAAGCUUAAAUAUACUCGGCUUUGAAUAAUAAUUGAUGUCUAACAUGUUUCUCCAAAAACAAGCGACUUUCUACUUUGGACUCCAGAAAUCUCGAGUUUUAUCGCUGACCAGACAUUAUCGCCUCACUGCAGUUCAAGGUUCAAGGUUAAACCAGUUCACAUUCAUCUGUGGACCACAGAAGUUGACGGACUCUUUCACUUACAGUAUAUAUUCAUGAUGUAUAUUUAUUUUCUUGAUUAUAAAAUGUUAAUGACGUUUGUCUCUUCAUGUCCCCAUUUGUAAAACACAUACUGUUUGUUGGCUUAGUUUGUUACAUUAACUUAUUUGUCCACACGAGCUCCUGUUGCAAAUAUGUGUUUUUGACCAUGACGUAUAGAAUCUAAUUUGAAAAUACAGAAUAUAGUAUGAACGCCCUCCAUUUCUGAGUAAAGACUCUGAGCUACUUGCAUUGCACUUCCUCCUGCUCUGUGUUUGUUCAGUCUGUGAUACUCUCCCAGUCUCAGGUCAGUCACCAGUCACGUCUUACUGGGAAUAGACCUUGAAGGUGUAUUUACACCAGUGGUGCUAUUGGUACGGUUGAACUGGUAAAUUCAGUUGUUGCUGUAUCACCUCAUUGUCUUUUUUAUUUUCUAAGUGAUACUGUAUGUCUUGGUCCUCAGUGGUUGUGUUUAACUACAACUAAGCCACAUGAGCCGUAAUAAAAUAAAUGUAAAAAGUG